AUGAACACCUCUCACUUCCUGGCCUCGCUGCCCCCAGGGUCCACCCCCGGUGAGAACAGGAGCAGGCUCAGGGACAUCCUUUUCAACUUCACCAACCACUGCCAGGAUUCUGUGGACCCCACGGCCUUACUCAUCACCUCCUACGGCCUCGAGACCGUCGUGGGGGUGCUGGGUAACCUCUGUCUGCUCUGGAUGAGCCUGCGGCAGAAGGACAAGACCAAUGUGACCAACGUGCUCAUCGCCAACCUGGCCUUCUCCGACUUCCUCAUGUGCCUGCUCUGCCAGCCGCUCACCGUCGUCUACACCAUCAUGGACUACUGGAUCUUUGGCGAGGCCCUCUGCAAGAUGUCGGCUUUCACCCAGUGCACGUCGGUCACUGUCUCCAUCCUGUCGCUUGUGCUCGUCGCCCUGGAGCGGCAUCAGCUCAUCGUCAACCCGACGGGCUGGAGGCCCAGCAUCUCCCAGGCCUACCUGGGGAUUGUGGGCAUCUGGGUCAUCGCCACCUUCCUCUCCCUGCCCUUCCUGGCCCACAGCAUCCUGGGCAACGUGUUCCAGAGGAACCACUCCAAGGCGCUGGAGUUCCUGGCGGAUAAGGUGGUGUGCACCGAGUCUUGGCCGCUGGACCACCACCGCAUGGUCUACACCACCUUCCUGCUGCUCUUCCAGUACUGCCUCCCGCUCGCCUUCAUCCUGGUCUGCUAUGUGCGCAUCUACCGGCGCCUGCGCAGGCAGGGGCGUGCGUUCCGCAAGGGCGCCCACAGCAUGAGAGGCGGGCGGGUGAAGCGCAUCAACGCGGUGCUGCUGGCCAUGGUGGCCGCUUUUGCCGUGCUCUGGCUGCCCUUGCACGUGUUCAACAGCCUGGAGGACUGGUACCACGAGGCCAUCCCCGUCUGCCAUGGCAACCUCAUCUUCCUGGUGUGCCACCUGCUGGCCAUGGCCUCCACCUGCAUUAACCCUUUCAUCUAUGGCUUCCUCAACACCAACUUCAAGAAGGAGGUCAAGGCGCUGGUGCUGAGCUGCCAGCAGAGAGCUCCCCGGGAGGAGUCUGAGCGCCUGCCGCUGUCCACAGUGCACACGGAAGUCUCCAAGGGCUCUCUGAGGCUCAGUGGCAGGUCCAACCCCAUUUAG